CGUCAUCUGUGCGCGCCAUGACAUUUCUGUUCACGUGACCCGGGGGGCAGGUGUAGCCGGUGACAGAACAUGCUGCGGAUCGUGAGGCGAGCGGGGAGUGCGCUGCUGCGGGGCUCCAGCAUACAUGGCCCCAGACCCUGGAAUAGUGACGUCCAGCGCUGCCUCGCCUCCGGCCUCCCCAUGAACACCGUGGUGCUGUUUGUACCCCAGCAGGAGGCCUGGGUGGUAGAGAGAAUGGGCCGAUUUCACCGGAUCCUGGAGCCGGGCCUGAACCUCCUCGUUCCCGUCCUCGAUCGCAUUCGCUACGUGCAGAGCCUGAAGGAGAUCGUCAUCAACGUUCCGGAGCAGUCCGCGGUGUCGCUGGACAACGUCAGCUUACAGAUAGAUGGAGUUCUCUACCUCCGGAUCAUGGACCCCUACAAGGCCAGCUACGGGGUGGAGGACCCGGAGUACGCGGUGACGCAGCUCGCGCAGACCACCAUGCGCUCCGAGCUGGGCAAACUCUCGCUAGACAAAGUCUUCAGGGAAAGAGAGUCUCUGAAUUCCAACAUUGUUGAAGCGAUUAAUCAGGCCGCCGACGACUGGGGUAUCCGGUGUCUGCGUUACGAGAUUAAAGACAUUCACGUGCCUUCCAAGGUCAGAGACGCCAUGCAGAUGCAGGUGGAGGCUGAGAGACGGAAGCGAGCGAUGGUGCUGGAGUCCGAAGGGACCAGGGAAUCGGCCAUCAACGUGGCGGAGGGGCAGAAACAAGCCCAGAUCCUGGCCUCUGAGGCUGAGAAAGCAGAGCAGAUCAACAGGGCGGCCGGUGAAGCCAACGCUAUCCUUGCACGAGCCAAGGCCAGGGGAGAGGCGAUCCACAUUCUGGCAGAGGCUCUAAUGCAGCAGAGUGGGAACGCCGCAGCGUCGCUGACCAUCGCCGAGCAGUACGUGUCUGCCUUCUCCAAGCUGGCUCAGGAGUCCAACACCAUUCUGCUGCCGGCCAACGCGGGAGACAUCACCGGGAUGGUAACGCAGGCGAUGGGCAUUUAUGGGACGCUGACCAAAAACAUGCCACAAAAAAGCAAAGCUGUCCAACUGGAAGAGGGCGACGAGUCAGCUGGUGCUGAGCCCGAAACAGACGGAGUGCGUCGGAGAUAGCCGCGGACGUUCAUGACGGAUCAUCGGCUGGAACGCUAGCCCCGGACCAUUACCUCUCCAUACAAAACCCAGCUUCCAGAAAAGUUUUUUUAUUUUAAAUAUGAAUUGUUCAAUUGUGUAAAAUAAUGACUUAAAACAAA